UGGGGUCAGUGUGAGGCGCGGCGGCGGCUUAGAAGGAGCGAGGGUUGGACGGCCGGCGCCCGGCGGGGAGGCGAUGGCUCAGGAUCGGGGUGUGAUGGGGAGCGGGCCGUUGAAGGGAUCGAUAAAGGGCGAGAAUUGCGAGUGACAGCGGCACACUGGAGGCUGGAAGCGGAAAGAUGAGGGAAACGCUCAUUUACGGAUGGAUGAUUUGGCUCUGCUGUGUAACAAUAGCGACUGGAAAACAAAAGACCGAGUGUCGGCAGCCGUGCGGCCGGUGUCGGGCCGAGGUCAGCUGUCAGGAGGGGGUCCCCCUCGUGCUGGACGGCUGCCGCUGCUGCCCCAUCUGCGCGCGACAGCACGGCCAGCGCUGUGACGCCGUCCGCAUCUGUGACGUCACCAAACAGCUCGUCUGUGACGUCACAGGAACGUGCCGAGGCUCCAACUUCCGUAGCUGUUUGGUGAACGGCACGACGUAUCGCGAUGGCCAGACCUUCUUCACAGACUGUCGUACCCGCUGCACCUGUCAGGACGGCAGCUACGCGUGCACCUCACUGUGUCCCCAAGAGAUGAUCCGUCCCUCGCAGCGGUGCAAAGCCCCGAGACUGGCUGAGGUCAGGGGCCAGUGCUGUCGACAGUGGACCUGCGCUGGAGACGCUCCAACCAGUCCCGCACCAUGUGAGCCGCUGACGUCAGACUGGUCGCCAUGUUCUGCCACUUGCGGGGCGGGUGUGUCGACCCGCAUCACCAACCAGAACCGGGACUGUACCCUGCGGAAGGAGUCACGUCUCUGUCAGAUCAGAGAGUGUCCACGACACGGAGACAUCUCCUGGAAGGAGGCACUGUUCAAAAUGAUCAGAGAGGAUCAGAAGGUGUGUCACCCCACACAACGCUCCCCCGAAGCGGUGCACCUCCAGUGGCAGAAUUGCACGUCAGUGCACCGCCACCGGCCGAAUUUCUGCACCACCUGCCAGCAUCAGUGCUGCCGCCCCGUGGCGACCUUCACAAGGUCACUGGCGUUCCUGUGCGACCUUGACCGGCUGCCAUCUGGCGGCGACCACCUGUGGCGUCUCGGCGAUGGCUCCAGGCGCCCCCCUGAGGCAGGAACACACAUGGCAACUGUGACGCAGAAGGUCAUGUGGAUAAAGGAGUGCUCCUGCGGACCCUGUGAAAGCCUUCCGCAAGAGGAGGGCGCCGUGGAGGGUGGAGGAGUGAGGAGUGAGAAUGGUGGCGAGGAGGACGCGUGGAGUAAGAGUUGGGAGGGCGCAAAGGCCCAGGAGUUCAUGGGAGGUGAUAUCGACGGAGAGGAGGCGCUAUAGCGCUUCUCUGUGGGCCCGAUAUGUGUACCUGUACAUACAUGUUUGCUGUCGGGAGGAACACUCGAUGGGAAUCGGUCAAUGUUUUCAGCGUUCAAUGAAUGUCCAACUGAUGAACUGCAGUGCAAAGGUGGCACUUGUGCCCAAGGAAUGUGCAAUAUGGAACAAAUAAUCAGGAUCACAAAUUUGUGUAGAUUAAGUGCAGUAAAAUAAUCAUUGUGAAUAACUCGACCUCACGCUUGAUAAGUAGAAAAAAGGCAUUGUGAAAAAUAACUAAGUGCUGUGUUUACCUAAAAUAUACGUUACUGUUAUUUACGCAGAUGUGAGUGCCGUCAAUAGCUGUACACUGUGAAUGUGCUUAAGUUUGUUACGUACAGUGUGUUAAAGCUUUGAUUUUCAGCAGAACUAUUGCUUAACACAUGUGUUAACUGCGCAUAAUUUUGUUGACGAGCCGGAGAAGGCUGUUACAAAAGCAUUUUAGAUGCCAUUUUUAACACUUGAGUAUGUUCCAACGCCAUGGCUCCUAAUUAUGUUAACCCGCGCCCGGCUGGGGGUCCUGGAUUUCCACGCCCUGCUGGGGGGGGGGUGUUUGAACACCCCCCCUUCUAACUCGGCUCCUGGGCCACGUAGCGACACGCGGAAGGCGGCGUUCGAAAGCGCGUCAAAAAUAAUGAGGAAAUCACUUCGGUCAAUUUUUUGGUCAGGUCAAAGGUCAGGUCACCAGAGGUCAUUGAAGGCAAAAUUUCGCCGAUUUCAAGGUCGAAUGUCGACAAUUUCCAAGAAGCCAACGUAUAACUCGGGAACCAAUAGAGCUACAGCGGCGCCGAAAAGCGCAUUCGAUAGCCCUAUUAACGCCCUUUCUGAGUAAUUUUCUCAGAUUUGACCUAACGUCAACGGUUUUGCCUGCAGGGGGCAAAAACUGCAAAAAUAGCCGAUUUUUUCGGAAACAGUUUUUCUGCAAUAACUUUUGACUCAAGCCUUGUACGAGCUUACUUUUACCGGCAUCGUGUUCCUCUCGUCAAGACGCAUCGAAUGAACUAUAACUUGACCUUGAAAGGUCAACUUGAAAAUUUGACCUCAGGUCAAGGUCAUGACCUGACCGGAAAGGGUCAUGUUGCAUAUCAGUCGAUCCGUAUCGUCGAGCUGAACACAUCUAAGGCGUUUUCAUCGCUCUAGCAUGCCUCUAUCAAAAGUUAUUUGCGAAAAACUGUUAGAUACUAUUCGUGACCUAAGAUGACCUCAGGGCAUAAACAGGGGUCACGGACACCAUUUUCAUGUUCAGUGUGUCUAAACCACUUGUAAUUCAGUGUUUGGGAGUGUUUAUAAUGUCUUUCGUCCAAAAGAGGCGCAUUUGAAUUUUCUCCCAUUGACUUAUAAUGGGGAGGUCGCAAAAUUGACCUGACCUUAGGUCAUCGAUAUCAAAAUUCUGAGAUAUACAUUUUGUACAUGCUAUUGCUCUUAGCAAUCGCUGAAAGUUUCAAAGCAAUCGGUCACUCGGUGUAGCUAUGACAGACAUUAAAACUUUUUAUGAGGUGAGGUCACUUCAAGUGACCUGGUGACCUGACCUUGAAUGACCUUGGUCUGAAAUUUUUACAACAUGUGUAGAAUUGAUGUAUGAUAAGGUAUACCAAAAACGGCGGCGCUCCGCGCCGCCGUUUUUGAGAUAUUCGCGAAAAACCUUAGGGGGGGGUGUUCAAACACCCCCCCCCCCAGCAGGGCGCGGGUUAACCCACUUUUGACACAUUGUAAGCCUGGUCAAACCAGACCAGAGGGUUGUCAUUCCAAACCUUCAUUUUAGUUUUGCUGAAUGGGUGCACGAAAGCGCAUUUGUGUGUAUAAAUACGUCGAGUAUAAAUGCGAUUUUGCAGGUAUGUGUUCACGCAAAUGUAUGGUUGUAUUUGUGCGUUUGUCACUGAAUGAAAUAUGACAUUGCUGUUCAGUCGUCAUAAAUUACCACAGAU